AGUGAAGGUCAUGAGAAACAUGGCGGCGCUCUAUGUAAUGAAAUCUGUAAGGACAGGGUUUAGUGCUGUUCACUGUGCUAUUAAUAACAGUUUAAAACUGAGGAUAUUAAGCGGACCCCAGUUGUCGUUUUUUGACUGCACUUUGAAUCGUGGUAUUCGGCAAGUGGUGGAGAAACAGGAGGGAGAAACUACAGUGAUUGAGGGCCGAACAGUGGCUGUACCUGAGAGCCCGCAACCUCCUAACCCAACUGCCAAAUGCCCAAUUUACCGAUGGAACCUUCAGAAUAAGUACACAUACACUGAUGUUUUAUUGCUGAGCCAGUUUCUUCGUUCAGAUGGAGGGAUGUUGCCAAGACGCAUCACUGGCCUUUGUGCUCAAGAACACCGCAAGAUUGCCAUUUGUGUGCAGAUGGCCCAUCGAGCAGGUCUCCUCCCAGACCACAGACCACGUCUUCCUGAAGGCCAUGUACCAAAGCCCAAACUCAGCCAUCCACUAUCCAGGUACCUGACUCGUUACUCCGUGAAAUCCAUGAAGCCCAUCUAUAGGAAAGGAAUGAAGUGGUGUAAGAUUCGUAUGCCUGUGGGACAUCCGGCCCUCAAGGACAACAUCAGAUACAGCCCUAAGCCGCUCUACACAAAGCAGUGAUGCAUUUCCAGACGCAACAAUGAAGGCAUUUGUGUAAUCAGGACAGCUGGACUCUUCAGGGGAUCUGCAAAGUGAUAAUUACUGUUUUUUCAUGGCCAAGACAUGCUGCUUUCGAUACUUCUUGGGCUGCUUGGUCACACUGAGUUGUAACAGAAUUUGUUUAAAUCCUUGAGAACUUAAUUUGAUGUUCCUGGAAAUGAAUACAUCAUACACAACACUUUUUUUUUUUUUUUAAAUAUAUCCUCAGUUACCUCAGUUACUGUUACAGGUUCUGUGUUGGUGGGAAGCUGGCUUUCGCUUCCUGAACUACAAAUGCUCCAAAUAAAAAUUGGUUUUACUACAAUGAAACAGCUGCUAUGUGAGUGAAAUGUGUGGGUGUGUGAGUGAAUGUGUGUAUGGGUGGGGUGGGAAGUUACACUGACAAAGUUUUAAUACUUAGACUUCAUGCUAAAACUAUAAUGAAUUUUGUGGUUAUACAGUUGUAUUUUGUGACUAUGUAGGAUACAGUUAUACUGUAGAAGCAAGUUAUUUAUAAUUAUGGGAUCUGUUAUCACCUAAAUAAGGAUGGGUUCCCUUUUGAGUUUGGUUCCUCUCAAGGUUUCUUCAUGUUAUCUGAAGGAGUUUUUCCUUGCCAUCGUCACCACAGGCUUGCUCAUCAGGGAUAAAUACUUGGAUGGUAGCUCUGAUUAAGAACAUCUGCUAAUGCCUAUAGUGUAAAUUUAUUAGGGGUAAAAUUGGCUCAUUUUAUGUAAAGCUGCUUUGCAACAAUGUCUGUUAAAAGUGCUACACAAAUAAACUUCACUUCUUGAUGUUGAA